UCGAUCAAUUAAGAUUCACGUAGCAAAUUAUAUAUGAAUUAUUUUGUUUUAGCAAAUUCAACACUCUCAUUGACCAUAUAAAAAUGUCUCACUUCGUGUAUUAUUUUCGUAGACAGAUUUUGGGCUGAGUAAAUCCUCUCGCGUAGCCUCUUCCUCUGUGCUACAAUGUUGCAACAAGUGACAGUUGGACACCGCAAAACAAAACAAAUAUGGCGGCUGACCGCUCAAGAACUGCAAUUCGAUUCGAGUGGUAGGCUGCGCUGUAUUUUCGAACCGAAAAGGGUCUCUAAGAAUAUGACCACCAUGGACACAAAACAGAUCACUCAUCAUGCUCUUCAAAUGGACAAAUUUAACAGGGCGGGUAACUAUGACAACAUUAUGCCUCUCCUGACCGCCCUUGAUAAUGCCUGUGUGACUUGUGAGCAGCUGCAAGGCACAGACAUCGUCAGGGUCCUUUACAGACUCCUCAAAACCUGCUCAGACAAUUCAGUGAAAAAAACAGCCAAGCAACUGUUGUCAAAAUGGAAGAAACUCUACAGUCACCCCUAUCACAUCUCAAAGGAGAAGGGAAGUGAAGAAGAAUUCACUGUCAUUGGAGAGAGUAUGCUGGCUGAUAAAGCGUGUCUGGCAGACAGAGGUGGCCUAGCUGCUGGUGAUGCUAGUAAACCAGUGGAGUUGGGUGUGUCUUGUGAACAUGCGGUUUUCCAUACUGGGUCAGAGGACAGAACACUCACAAAUGGGACCAAGUGUGGGAGAGCUAAGGGAGAAGGGGUGUCAUCGUGGCAGGCAGCUGGUGAUUCGUCUUCGGGGUCAAUUUUGCCCACCCUCUCAAAGCAGUCAGAAACUCCUGCCACCACUUCCCUGGAUAACCCUCCCCUCUGUAAGGAUUCCUUUGAUUUGGGUUUGAGGACAAAGUGCAUCCAGCUCCUCCUUGGUGCCCUCGGUCCAGAAACUUCCAAGGAAGCCGAGGGGAAGACUGCAGAUCUGGCCCGCGUCAUAGAGGUGCACAUCCACGCGCUGCACCGUGCAAACCAGGCCAAAUACAAGGCCUGCAUCAGGAGUAAGGUGGCCAACCUAAGGAACCCCAAAAACGGCCACCUUCGGUGUGGUCUCCUGGGCGGCAGCCUGGGGCCGGAAGUCUUCGCCGGGAUGUCUGUGGAGGAGAUGGCCAACGAGGAGCUCCAGCGGCUGAGGGAGGAGUACUCAUCGCGGGGGGUGAGCGAGAGGCAGCUACCCCAGGGGGUGGAGGGGACGCCCACCCAGAAGCUGCGGUGCAGGCGGUGCGAGGGUUCGGACUGCAGAGUGACGCAGGUGUCCCGGGGCACGCUGUUUCUGCCGGCGUGGGUCCGCCAGGCCACCGCAGACACGGAUGCCAUGACCUUUGUGACCUGUAGCAGGUGUGGGGAGCAGUGGUACCACAGCGGCUGGGUGUGCCUCUGAUAGGCCAUCCUCACCACACCACAUGUAAAAUGCCUGCUUUGUUUUUGUCGAGAUUCUGUUGAAAUGGCUUUGCCCUAUCAAACUGAACAAUGUCAUGUUUUAAUCACAGAAAUAAAGGGACAUUUUACCACAUGAUUAUACAUUACAUUGUCAUUAAACUUGCUGCGCUACAUACUGUAAUACAAAUGUGGUUAUCUUUCUUUUACUAUUUCUCAUUCUGGCAUUAAUAGGUAAUGUGUGUUUAUCAUGGGGUCUUUCUGUUAGAACAGAAGAUGUAGUCCCUAUGUUGACAUUUCAGUUGAGCUGCAGAUUAAGACCCAUGUGGCCUUCCUGUGGCCAUGUGACGCUGUGAGCAGCACAAGGAGCAUGUGACCCAUUAAUCAGCCCAAGAUACAGCUCCGGCAGGGUCAUGUCUAGAAGGGAUACAGUUUAUGUCAAAUUGAUGUCAAAAGUACAUUUUUAUUUUAGCUAACCCUUUUCCUAACCUAAAGUAUCCUAAACUGCUAUGUUAAUUCUCCUAACCUGCUGCGUAAAUUCUCGUAACCUGCUACGAAAAGUCAAUUUUGAGAUAAGCUGUACCCCAUCUAGACAAAACCCUCCGUCCGGAGGCUUGCUGAUCUCCCAUGAUCCCUCACUUUCUAGCCCACAGCCAGUGCUAAUGACUCAGGAUCCCAUCAUUGUGAUGACAAUGAAGUCUUAGUAUUCCAGAAAGAUCCAUGCUAGUUGGACAAAGUUGGCUAAAUUAGCUAUUCUCUGUAGGCAGGGAUAGGGGUUCAGGAAUAUAUGGAAUGGUAGCAGUAUUUUGUUUUACAUAAGAUUAUAAUAAAUGGUUAUAUUGUUAAAGAAUGUUAAAGUUAUAUUGUUAAAUGGGUAUAUCUUUCAUUGAAAUGGCCAUUGAACAGUAGGAAAUGUAAGAUUAUUGUAUAUGAUUUGUUCUCAUCAGUGUUUUUGUAAUGUGUCUGUACAUUACAGAGAUAUCUGUAUCGGAGUCAUUGGAGAUAACAUUCUGUUUUAUCAACUGAAUUAAGUUUGUGUUUCACUAUCA